AUGGCCUUCCUGCAUCGUUUUGCCAAUAGCAAAAAAUAUCAGAAGAUGGAUCAUUGCCUUUUUGCUCUUAAGCAAGGGUCGACUGAGCCUUUAAGAAGUUAUAUUAACCAUUUCAACCAAGUGACCCAGGACGUCCCCACCGCCACUUCAGAGAUUCUGAUGAGCGCUUUCUACCACGGAUUAGGAGAGGGAGAAUUCUUUAGAGAUCUCAUCAAAAAUCCCGCUCGGAAUUUUGAUGAUAUAGUGGAAAAAACUGUCUGCUAUAUCAAAGUAGAAGAAGCACAGGCGACCCGGAGGAAAGCUGAAAGACCACCUCCAUCUACCAAUAAGCCGGAAAGAAGGGUGCCUCAACCCCUGUCGCGCGCUCGGGAAGCCAGACCUACCUUUCAUCCCGAGCCGGAGUUCGCUCGGGACUCCAAGCGGGCUACAGAGUUAGGCUUACUACCGGCCGAGUUAGCCCCUCAAGUACUCAAGAUGAUGGAAGAGCAGCGAGCCGCGGCUGGACAGGCUGGGCAACCCCGCCCCGACCUAGCGAGACCCAGUACUCAUCAACCCGGUCGGGGGAGAGGGAGGGAGCCGGAGGUAGUACGGGAGGUCGAGAAUAGAGGCAACGCUGCCGUUCGAGAGAUUGGCAUGAUCUCUAGAGGGCCAACUAAUGGAGAUUCGGGAAGAGCGCGCAAGUCUCAUGCGCGUCGCUUGGAGGUCCACACUGUUGGAUGCAGCCAGGAGCAGGCUUCUGGCCCUGUCAUCAGCUUCGGGUCAAUAGACCUGGAAGGUCUGGAGCUGCCUCAUGAUGAUGCCCUUAUCAUCAAGUCCAUUAUCGCCAACAGCCGAGUGGCUCAGGUUUUCGUUGACACCGGGAGCUUGGUUAAUAUUCUGUUCAGAACUACAUUUGAGGAGAUGCAGAUCGAUGCCACUGAACUUCAGCCUGUGGCUACGUCUCUAUAUAGAUUUACAGGCAAUGAGGUGAAGCCAAUGGGUCAAAUUAAGCUGGUCAUAUCUUUGGGCACCGAGCCAUUAGUGCGCACCAGGAGGAGCACUUUUAUAGUGGUUUAUUCCCCCUCCUCUUAUAACGUCAUCUUGGGAAGGCCCACCCUGCAUGAAUUUAGGGCCACUAUUUCUACCUUUCAUCAAAAAAUCAAAUUCCCCGUGGGCGAGCAGGUCGGGGAAGUUAAGGGAGAACAGAAGGUUUCUCGCUGA